AAUAUGUGGAGGAAAGUUUUUCGUUGAAGACGACCUCGAGAAUGACGUCUUUGUCUAUGGGAGUCGUUGGUUUGUUUAUGUGCCAGAUCGUGUUCUCCCCAUACACAGUGAAUGAUGGCAACAGACAGAGGAACAGGGGUGAUGAAGUUGUUGAUCAUUGGGGUUGUAUAAAUGUGCAUAUCUCUCUACAUUUUAAAACGACAUAAUGUGUUGGCAGCAAAGUUAACUUCACUUCAGGUUAAUGCUUUUGUAUAUGAGCCUGCCGGGUGAUACUCCAGACAGGAAGUAGUAACCAGACCAGCAAACCAAUCACAGCCUUGCAGGCUGGGCUGCUCGCGUAAAAGCUUACGUAAAAAAUGACGCAAGUCUAGAAAAAUCACCCGACGCACGCAAGACGUGAGAAGUCGCGCAAGGGGGGCGCAAGGGCGCGCAAGGGCCUCUUGCGCUUGCGCUUACGCUUACGUAACCGAGCAUAAACCAGCCUUUAGACGGGCUCUGCUUCGAUCCACACUUCGAUUAGCCCGUUUUGAGUACGACAUCCGGGUCCUUGAAGUAUACUUAUUUCCGCCGGAUCUGAAUUGGAACGUACUACGUACUCAACAUUUGGCUUGUAAGUACGGCUAGUACGGGUAUUGGAACACGGCAUUGGCUUUGUGGCGUACGUACACUUUUAGUAACGAUCCCACGCACAGUUUUAUAAAUGAGACCCCUGGUCCUACAGGCGCCGCGGACAGCUCUCACAGCUCGGUUGUGAUUGGCCAGAUCCUGGCAGUCUCUCUGUGACAAGCACAAUAGUACAGGAUCUGUUGUUCGUAGCAGAGGUGAUAGCGUAUCUAAGCAGUUAUUAUCAAUGACCAAUAUGGCAAACACGACCGAUGAACGAGCGGAGAGAGCAGAGAGAUCAGACGGGAAGAUGGUGAAGAUGGAGGUGGACUACAGCUCCACGGUGGACCUGCGGAUCCCUGAGUGCGAGAGGAUGGCUAAGGAGGGGAAGCUGCAGGAGGCAGUGGAGGGACUACUGUCCCUGGAGAAGCAGACCAGGACGGCAUCAGACAUGGUGUCGACGUCCAGGAUCCUAGUGGCCGUGGUUCAGAUGUGUCACGAGGCCAAGGACUGGGACGCCUUGAAUGAGAACAUCAUGCUGCUGUCCAAGAGGAGGAGUCAGCUCAAACAGGCUGUUGCUAAGAUGGUUCAAGAAUGUUACAAGUACGUGGAUGAAGUGAGCGACCUCGCCAUCAAGCUGCGGCUCAUCGACACUCUGCGCACCGUGACGGCUGGCAAGAUCUACGUAGAGAUCGAGCGGGCCAGGCUGACCAAGACCUUGGCCAACAUCAAGGAGCAAAGCGGAGACGUGAAGGAGGCGGCCUCCAUCCUCCAGGAGCUGCAGGUGGAGACCUACGGCUCUAUGGAGAAGAAGGAGAAGGUGGAGUUCAUCCUGGAGCAGAUGAGGCUGUGCAUCGCGGUCAAGGAUUACAUCCGCACCCAGAUCAUCAGCAAAAAGAUAAACACCAAGUUCUUCCAAGAAGAGGGCUCCGAGGAGCUGAAGCUGAAGUAUUACAACCUGAUGAUUCAGGUGGACCAGCACGAGGGAUCCUACCUGUCCAUCUGUAAACACUUCCGGGCCAUCUACGACACUCCCUGCAUUCUGGAGGACAAUGCCAAGUGGCAGCAGGCCCUGAAGAGUGUCGUACUGUACGUCAUCCUAGCGCCUUAUGACAACGAGCAGUCGGACCUCGUGCACAGAAUCAACACCGACAAGAAAUUGGAAGAGCUUCCCAAAUACAGGGACCUGCUGAAGCAGUUCACCACCCUGGAGCUGAUGCGCUGGGCCUCGCUGGUGGAGGACUACGGCAAGGAGCUCAGGGAAGGCUCCCCUGACAGCCCCGCCACAGAUGUCUUCUGCAGCCUGGAGGAGGGCGAGAAGAGGUGGAAGGACCUGAAGAACCGAGUGGUGGAGCAUAAUAUUAGAAUAAUGGCCAAGUACUACACCAGGAUAUCAAUGAAGCGCAUGGCCAACCUCCUUGACCUCUCCAUAGACGAGUCUGAGGAGUUCCUCUCCUCCCUGGUGGUGAACAAGACCAUCUAUGCCAAGGUGGACCGUCUGGCCGGCAUCAUCAACUUCCAGAGGCCCAAGGACCCCAACGACCUGCUCAACGACUGGUCCCACAAGCUCAACUCGCUCAUGUCGCUGGUCAAUAAGACCACCCAUCUCAUCGCCAAGGAGGAGAUGAUCCAUAACCUUCAGUGAACCACAAAGCCCAUGUUGCAUCUGUGUUUUUUUUAUUUGGGUUAACAUUGUUCAUGUGCCUACUGAUAUUUCUUUUUUGGUAUUUGUAAAAAAGAAGAAAAAAAAACGCAGUCAGAUGGUGGACGGCGUAUGCUGAUAAAGUUCCAAGUUAAUUUCCGGAAUAACUAGCAUCCCGUAGCGCUGUACCUUGUUCACAUCCACACACCCCCCCCCCUCGUCACCAUUAAACCCAGAGAGGAUGACCUGUCUUGACCUUUGGCAGCUCAACAUGGCUUCCUCCUUUAGGUAUAACAAAGGUCUUCAUGUUGGUUUUUUUGGUGGUUGAGCCUCGUUGCAACUUGCUGUAACAAAGAAUGGCAUAAAGUCUUUAAUGUCUACUUUGAAAUAACAUUAAACUAUAUGUUUAGUGGACAUUUUCCUCUGCACUUAAGUGUUGCCUGAUUUAUUCAUCUCCUUUACUUUGUAUACUUGACUUUUCUUACAGCACUUUUAUUGAGUGCGAUAACAUAACUUUGAUAUUAUAUUUUGAGCUAACCACCUACAUAAUUACAAGUGGUG